CCACCCGAGUCGGUGGUGUCGCUGUGGAGAAAGCCGGAAAAAGUCUAGAGAAAUGAGUCGAGCCUGGUUGUGUCUGCUGCUGAUCUGCCUGGCUUUGGGCUGCCAACUGGAGCAGGCUGUAGGUCAGGAUCAACCAGAGUUCCAGAACCAAGUAUCAGCCCAAUCGGAGGCCAAACCCCUGCUGAAACAGUCCCAGAACACCUUCAUCCAAUGGGUUCUCUCCCUGCUGCCACAACGACCAGGGAGCUCGGAUGCGGAGAAUGCCACCCUGGCUACAUUGAGCAGUAGUUCCACCAUGCCGGAGGUGGCAUCCACCACCUCGACCACCACGCCGGCUCCCUCGUCCAGCACCACCACGACCAGGAGGGCCACCACUCCGGCUCCACCCACUCUGAAUCCGCCCAGAAAUUGCAGUGACUGCGUCUGCGGAAUAGCCAACAUACAGAAGAGGAUCGUGGGAGGCCAGGAGACGGAGGUGCACCAGUAUCCCUGGGUGGCCAUGCUGCUGUACGGCGGAAGGUUCUACUGUGCCGCCUCCCUGCUAAACGAUCAGUUCCUCCUAACCGCCUCCCAUUGCGUCUAUGGUUUUCGGAAGGAGAGAAUCUCGGUGAGAUUGCUCGAGCACGACCGCAAGAUGUCGCACAUGCAGAAGAUCGACCGCAAGGUGGCCGAGGUGAUCACGCAUCCCAAGUACAACGCCAGGAACUACGACAACGAUAUCGCCAUCAUCAAGUUGGACGAGCCGGUGGAGUUCAACGAGAUACUGCAUCCCGUCUGCAUGCCCACGCCGGGCAGGAGUUUCAAGGGCGAAAAUGGCAUCGUCACCGGCUGGGGAGCCCUCAAAGUCGGUGGACCCACCUCCGAUACUCUUCAGGAGGUUCAAGUGCCCAUUCUAUCGCAAGAUGAGUGCCGCAAGAGUCGCUAUGGAAACAAGAUCACAGACAACAUGUUGUGCGGGGGAUACGAUGAGGGUGGCAAGGACUCCUGCCAGGGCGACAGUGGAGGUCCCCUGCACAUCGUGGCCAGUGGAACGCGAGAGCAUCAAAUAGCCGGCGUGGUUUCGUGGGGCGAGGGCUGUGCCAAGGCCGGUUAUCCUGGUGUCUAUGCCAGAGUCAACCGCUAUGGAACCUGGAUCAAGAACCUCACCAAACAGGCUUGCCUCUGCCAGCAGGAGACCAAGAAGAUCAAGUAGACACCAUCUAGCUAAGUCUGUAUCUUUUAAUAGUAAAUACUCUUGCUGGGGUGGUAAUGAAUUAGGGAAUAAGAGCGAGUAUUAGGAUCUUCUAUUAUACAUUUUUGAAAAUAAUAUUUCAGGAUUUCAUAUCUCCCCUGCAUGUGAUACUUCUCAAGGUCUUCGGUAUAUAACAAUAAAAAAAAGUAAUUAUUAUAUUUGCUCUUAUACCAUCUAUGUUUAACCAAACUUACAAAUUCUCAGCAUGCAAUAGAAUCGCUUGAAAGACAAGUUUUCAUUACAAAAAGCUUGUUAUUUCCCGAGUCACUAACUCCUAUAUCCCAAGAAACUAACUAUUUUCGCUGAAAAUAACUUUGCACUUUCUAGGGAUAUAAGUUCAGGCCUUUUAAAAUCAGAAAAAGAAUUUACCAUCCUUGCAAGAGUAUGCCCUCUUCGGCAUGCUCGAAGAUCCUUUUCUCAAGCUGUUUUAUAUUUAUUGAUUAAAAGAAAAGUUUU